AUGGCCCUGCAGGAGUACCCUCCCAGCACUCCAGGGCUGGCUGAGACCUGCCCCCACCCACUGCAGACCAAAGGACCAAGGAGAGAUGUGGAGGGGCCCUUGGUCCUGCACACAGAAGCCCCUCAGCCACACAGCCCACCAGGGAAGUGGGCGCAAGUGGAGCACCAGCAGUACAACCUGGGUGCUGCGGUGGACGCCGGUGGUUCACCCCACAGCGCAUCCUCCAGGAGAUACCUCCUCAUCCUGGAGACGAGGCCUCCGCCCUGCCCACCUCUGCAAGUACCAGAGCCUCAACCAGCAGAAGAAAUGAGACACAAUGGUCCCUUCCCCGGCACACCUGACUGGGAUGUCUCAGCCAACCUCCCCAGUGGGACCGUCCCAGGGUCUCAGGAGGGAGUGAAGACCUGGUCGCCACCUAGGACAAAGGAAGGGGGUGCAGGGCCCGUCUACCCGGUGGCCCGAGGCUGGUCCUUGAUGAGUGUGGGGCAGAAAGACCUGGAGCUGGACCUCGAAGAAGCGGCGGGGUCCACACCAGCCUGGCAGGGCGACAUCUGGUCCUGCAGGGGCCCCUUCCUCUGCCCCCUCUCCUCCUCCCCUAGGCUGCAGGGCCUGCACGGAGCCAGAACCGCGCGGUGGGCUGCAGCCGCUGGCGACCCCCACGGGCGGCGAGUCCCGGUCCUGCGGCUGCGGCUGCGGCGCGGGCUGGGGGCGGGUGCGCUGCGGGCCGCGGCCGCGGGGGGCGCUGCGGGGGCCGCGGUUAAAGCCCCGGCGCGGGCGCGCGCGCUCAGAGGGAGCCGGGCCGCCGCCGUCGCCGCGCCCGGUCCCCGCGGCCGUCCCUGGAGCUCCCGGUCCCCGGCGAGGAGGCCGCGGCGCCCCGGACCCCGGAGCUGCACCCGAGCGCGGUGCCCCGAGCGCGGCCGGCGGGGCGGGGGCCGCGGGGACCGGGCGGCUGGCGGCGGCGACAUGGGGACCUUCCAGUCCAAGCACGCAGCCCGCAGGCGGAGAGAGAGCCCGGAAGGGGACAGCGGCGCGGUGGCCUCGUCCGCGGGGCCGGCGGCACAGGCGGGGCAGGCGGAGCGGCGCGCUGGCGGCGGCGUGGAGCGGCGCUCGCGGGACCAGCAGGAGCUGCACAUCGGGGACCUCAAGGAGGGGCCUUUCUGGGAGGACCCGUGUCCCCUGGAGGUGGCGCUACCCCCUGAGAAGGUCGAGGGCCACGAGGGCCCGGGCCAGCUCUUCAACACGGACGACGGCGAGAGGGCAGCGAACCAUGAGGGCCUGCGAGGACUGGGCCAGAAACGCCUGAACAUCGACGCUCUCCAGUGCCACGUCUCCGUGGAGGAGGACAACCGCCAGGAGUGGACCUUCACACUCUACGACUUUGACAACAGCGGGAAGGUCACCAGGGAGGACAUGUCCAGCCUCAUGCACACCAUCUACGAGGUCGUUGAUGCCUCUGUCAACCACUCCUCGGGCAGCAGCAAGACCCUCCGGGUGAAGCUGACUGUCAGCCCCGAGCCCUCCAGCAAGAAGAAAGAAGGUCCUCCUGCUGGCCAGGACCGGGAUCCCGCCCACUACAGGACAGAGGGUGAGCAGGCUGAGGACCCGCGGGUGGCCAACAGGAGGCUGUCUGCCCACAUCAGGAGGCCCAAUGGCGACCCCCCGCCCUGCUCGGUGCAGGGGCCCUACUGUGUGGACGAGAACACGGAGCGAAGAAACCACUACCUGGACCUCGCCGGGAUCGAGAACUACACGUCCAAAUUCGGCCCCGGGUCCCCGCCAGCGCAGGCCAAGCAGGAGCACCACGGCAGGGCCUCGCAUCUCCAGGCCAGGUCGCGCUCCCAGGAGUCGGACGCCCACGCCGUGCAUCAGCGCAGAUCCCAGGUGCUGGCCGAGCACACCGUGCUGGCUGCGGAGCCUGCUGCCCGGGCCCUGGACAUGCAGCCCCGGCUGAAGGGGCAGGAGAAGCAGUCCCUCAAGUCCCCCAAGGGCUCAGGGAAGCCGCCGGGGGUGCCGGGCAGCAGCAAGCCGGGGAAAGCCUUCAGCUACCACCUGCCGACUGGUCCACUGCCCCCUGCCCCUCAGGAUGGCCACCAUCUCCCACAGUCCCCACCACAGCCCCCGCUGCAGCCCUACGGACACAAGCGGUACCGGCAGAAGGGGAGGGACGGCCACUCGCCACUCAAGGCCAUGCACGGCCAGCCUGCCGUCGUGGAGCACGAGCUGGUGCGGGACCUGCCGCCCAUGCUGGCAGGCGAGGGCUGCGUGGUGCCCGUGCUGCAGCGGCACGAACACCACCACCACCACGAACACCACCACCACCACCACCACCACCACUUCCACCCGGCCUAGUGCCACUGCCCGCAUGCCUGGUGACAGGACACCACGGCCCCAGCACACCGUGGCCCGCGCGCUCCGGGGCAGGUGCAGUGUGCUCGGUGUUGGCCGUGAGCUGCUGUCCCCAGCCCGGCAUCUGGCUCCAGGUUCCAAGUGUAGGUGCGGCGGAGGUGAACCGGCCCCGUCCCUCCUGCUUUCCUCUCCUCGAUGCCACGUGCAGACGAGACACUUGAUGCCACCGACAUUUCUAGAUAUAAAGCUCUUCUCUGUAACCCAUAAAAACCAUACAUAGGUAUAGAAAAAUACACUCGCAUCUGCUUUCGUUUAUGAUCCCAAAAUGAGGCCCCGAGCGCUACAGGGAAUCUCUGCUCAGGCGCUCUUGGUGUCCCUUACGGUGCUUCCAACCCGGGCUGCUGGGGACUGUUCCUGGUGAAGGGGGUGGCGAGGCCGGGAGAGGGCGGGGAAGCCGCAGCCUUUUGUGUCACCUACUCGCAAUGGGGUCAAGGUGGGUCUGGGGAGCAGCUGUUCCUUGGUGUGCCGUCUUCAGUCCCCUGCACGACGCCGGGCACAGAUCAGAGCGGACAGAGGGUGGCUUCGAUCACUGUCGAGAAACGCGAAGGUUAGGCCGCUGAGCGCAGAAAAGCGGGUGGGGAGGCGGGCAGGCUGGCGCACGUGGGCACCUGAGGCUGCUCCAGUCUCUGGCGCCACCAGCAUCCCGGCUGGACACAGGCAGGAGCUGGUGGGGCUGAGGGGACGCACGGACCCUGGACAGGAGGCAGGAGUCUCAUCCUCAGCUACGGAGGCAGAACACGGUGGCCUCACGUCUGAACAGUCCUGUUCCUCGUGGUGCAGCUGCCAUGUCUCACCUCCGGGAAGGUUAGAAAAGGGUGCAGACCAACGGGCUUGCGCUGGGUUCAUGUGGUUCCACCGAGGCAGGGAACUGCCCAGGCUCUGUCUUCCAAGCCAAGCAAGCACAGCUUUCUGGCAACGUGUGUUUGUGCAGGUGAUUUUCCGUUUUCCCUCUUGGCACUGUUUCUAAGGAUACAGCAAAAUAAUGUCAACUGGUAAUUGAGGUU